AUGGCUCCCUCUCAUGACUUUGUGGUCGAGUACGAGUACGCGGUCAUUGCCGUAGAGAGAGCUGCCCGUGCCUCGCACCACGCCGAGCAGGAGGAGUGGGAAGACAACGUCGUCGAGCUCCUCAUCGGCCGCGAAUUUUGGGACAUGUUCUCGGAGCCCGUUCGCCUGGCGUUCAUCAAGGACAUGGCCAAGGUGGAGGAGAAGCGUGUUCUGCCGCUCGUCAACGAGGGCAUGCGCGAGCUGACGUUUAGGCUCAGCCGCAUCUCUUCCACCCUCGACCACAUGCGCAAGUCGUUCAAUCGCGUCCAGUACUUCGUCAACGGGAUCGCUCGUCGCCCUCCUCGCGGCGCCGGCGCCCUCUGGAGCGCCAGGGUCCACCUGUGGUUCAAGGAGGGCGUGCUCGACCGCAUCAGCGCGCAACAGUUUGACGCGCACAACGACCUCGAGCGGGCCGCGGUCGUCGAAGAGUUCGACGUCGUCGCGCACCACCUGGGCGACGGCCGUCUGCGCCACCUUCCGCCCCUGCACGAGGACGAGGAGGACGAUCACGACGACAUGUUCUCGCAGCUCAAGGCCAUGCUCUUCCGGCACAACGCGCGUUAG